UGCAGAAUCCCAUGUCAUAACACUAGAUCCUUCAUUUAAAAUUUUAUUCGAAAAACAAAUUAAAAACUGCAAAUGAGUAUUUAAUAAAUUAAAAAUGUGUAGUUUAAUACGAACGAUAUCACAUACAAGAUUAUGUACCACCACCUACACCAAUCUACAAAAAUCACUACAAAUUUGCGGCCUACAACCAAACAAUUCUAUCCACACAACUCAAGUCCUAUCCGAAUUUUGGGAACGUGAAAAGAAAGGUGGUUACCGAACCGAAUUACCACUACCAUCGAAAAAACAACUUAUUCUCGAUGGGUUAAAGGAAUUAAAGCAAGAAAUUUCUCUAUGGAAAGAUGAAAUGAAAGAAAAAUUGGAAAGUGAUCCAAUGUUGGUAUUUCGACCAGGUGAAACCGAUGUUGUUUUCAAAUUUCAAAACGACCAAGAUCUAGACAAAUGGGUUGUCACCACUGACAGUGACCAUAACGAGGGCAAAAGUUCUGCCAAGCUAGAGAUAAGCGAUGCAAGUGCCGGACUCUUUCAUGGUUAUGUUAAUGGUGAUGUUGUCAAAGAUGGAAAGAUCAAAAGAACUGGAUAUGCCAAUAUACGAACCAAGAGAGUUAGGAAAUCUUUCAAACGAGAAUCAACUUACGAUUGGACGCAAUACAAUAUGCUUGUGCUAAAAGUAAGAGGAGAUGGUCGAUCAUAUCUCAUCAAUUUGCACUGUGAAGGAUACUUUGACCUGCUGUGGAAUGAUGUCUAUCACUAUGUGCUGUACACUAGAGGUGGCCCUCAUUGGCAAACUGUUCGGAUACCAUUUUCAAAAUUCUUUUAUGCUUCCAAAGGACGCGUUCAAGAUAGACAAAGUGCAAUUGUCCUCAAUCGGGUAACACAUUUGGGUUUCUCAGUCGGUGCUAGAGCCGGUUGUGAUGGUCCAUUUAGUUUAGAAAUAAACUAUGUCGGAUUGGAGUUUGAUCCUAGUCAUACGGAAGAUUUUGCCUAUGAAAUGUACAAAACGGACAAGUAUGUUGUUGCAACAUAGUUCAAAAAUCUAAAGUAUAAAGAAUAAAAUGCGAAGAAAAA